AUGUCUCUACCAACAAAAGCCUCUUCAUCGCCGGCGAACGCCGCCCCCGCGACUCAAGACCCGCAAGCUGUGUUAAUGCCCACAUGGGCACCACCGGAGCUGUCCGCCACCCCUGUCUCCGAGUGGACAACGUCGGACGUUGUCCACUUUCUGUGGUUGUCCGAAGCCCGCCUACGCGCUGCCCUGGAACGGCGAUCUACUGCGCGGGCGUCGGGGGAUCAAAUAGCCUUUACGCUCGAAUGGGUCUCAAUGGCGCGAGAUAUCCGCCGUAUAUCGUCCGCGGUCCGACCUGACGGACCAUUCCCGAAGGUAGUCAACACAGUUCACCAGCCCCACCUCCCGUUCUCGGACAAAUACCGCUAUCCCGUCGGCGAGGAGCUCCCGCGAUCCUCCCACCUGCCAACGGAUCUUGGCGGAAACCAGUGGUGGGCCCGCUGGCUGCCUGUACCUGAAGCCCAGACCGCAGCCGCGAGUUCUGAGUCGGCCGCUCCCAAACAACGUCCGCCUCCUGCGGCGGCUCAGGCCGCCGUGGGAAACACUCAAUCUUCCCUUCCCGCCAUGAUGUCGGAGGAGGACUUAGACAGAUUGUACGAGCAGUACGUGGUGGCUCCCAACCUUGCCGCCAAGAUGCCCAGCGAGACAUCCUGGGCGGAAGAAGAUCCCGCGGCCAAGGUCACCGAGCAGUUUGCCAAAGACCUGGGUCUCCCCAAGGUCGACCCGGCGGAAUUCGAGCCAGUUGCGGGUUAUCCGCACGGCGAUGCAGUAGAGCAUCUCAUCCCCUGCCACAGCUGCUCUCGCAAGCGCGUACGGUGCGUCGGAAUGGCGGGCAGAGCCUGCCUGGUUUGCCUAGAGGGGAGUCACAAGAAGUGCGGACAUACCGAUGGGAUCGCGGACGAUAAGUGGCGAGAGAUUCCGGAUGAGGCGUACAAUUAUAUCCUUCACAAGGUUCCCGCCCUCAAGGACGUGUGGAAGAAGCUCGGCCCAAGGCACGAAGGGAAGGGUAAGAGAAAGGCGGAGGACGGCUCCAAAUCGACGCGCAAGCGACAGCGGGGUGCGGAUGAUACAAUGUCGCACGUGGAAAUGCUGCAACGGAUCGACAGCAGUGUCUUGGCCAUCAAUCACCUCACCGACCAAGUCAUCGCCCUCCGGGAGCUCGUGGGGUCGAUGAUCACCAACAUCUCAAGGCGGCCGCACGUUGAUCAAUACAAGGAGAUGUCAGAAAAGCUCGGGAUGGACUGGGAUACCCUUGUGGCGGAAACGAUGCCGAGCGGGUCCGCUAACGCCAAUAAUCAGUAG